AUCGAAACGUUCACAACGUCCAAAAAAAUAAAAGCAAAGCAUUGUUCAAGCACAUACACACAUUUAAGCACCCUGAGAACUGAACUUGAAACCCACUUGGCUUCCAAAAAUUUCUGUGAAAAGAAAGUUUUUAAAACUCUAAAGUGAAUAUUAUCCUGUGACGAGAAUUUUGCCCCUAAAACGUCGUUCGUUUUUUGUGCGUAUAAAUUUUUAAUUGAAUACAAGUCGUGCGUAUUAGCUCGCGUAUUUAUUGAUUGUUACUCUAUUUUUUCGGCAUAAAAAAUAAAGCAAGCAACUGGAAAUAUAAUAAAUUGUUUAACUCUACAUAUAUCAAAUAAUCCUAAAACACACACAAAAUGGCUGCUUAUGCUGCAUUCAAACAUGUUGAACUUUACAAUGUUGGCAAAGCCAAAAAGAGGGUACUGAGACCCCCAGGUGGCGGCUCGAGCGACAUCUUUGGCUCCGAUAUGCCCCAAACACCGCGCAAUGUGAAGAAUCGCAUGGCCUCAAACAUAUUCUCGGCUGAGAAGGAUAGCGCCGUCAAGAACAACGUACGACAAGGAGCUCACAGAUUCUAUUUCAUUGGUGAUGCACCGCGUCGGGCUCAGAAGAACGUUGAUUCGUAUUCACGUCUAUUUGGUGAGCCGACACGUCCCAUUACGCCAGCCAAGAACCACAUGAAGAGCAACAUUCCGUUUGGUCAGAGCACUGAGGCCGCACAACAGUUGCUGACCAAUGGCAAUGGACACUACAAUGGCAAGAGUGGUUCGGUAUCAUCGGCGUCCUCGUCCGUAUCGUCUUCAACUGAGAAUCUCAAAAUGAACGGUGGUUCAAGAUCAGUCUUCCGCAAUAUGAGCACAACAGCUCCGAUCGUACAGGAAUCAUCGCGACUUGAACGUGAUCCCAUUUGCCCUUUGACGCCCAUACCAAGUGCCGAGCCUAUUCCCCCACCGGACGUACUCGACAUUGAUUUGCCGUGCAUCGACGACACUAUCGGCGACGUUCCCGAAGAUAAUAAUAUCUUUACUGAGACUGGUAAACGGGACGUGAGACUGCAAACGCGCCGCGACUCGGGCACCAGCCCUGAACUGCCUUACUCUCUGGACAAGAUGAAUUCUGCUCCAGAUCUAAAGGAACCGCUUAAUCCGUGCCCGGAUUAUGAGAAGCAGGAACACGUUCCAUGCAUUAAGAUUAACAAAGAUAAAGAUGCUAAUUGCUCGCGCAAUCCCAUAACCGGACUGGGACUGAAUGGCGACGGUGUCGGUGGUCUAAAGCCCAAGAAGCUCAAAACACGAGAGGGAAAUCCCGUCACUGGCGAAGGCUACAAGCCCGGUGCAAACGAUUACCAGCAGCCCGCACCCAUGAACGGUGCCAACCAGGUGAUCAACAAGAAUCGCGUGCCACCAGGCGGCUACUCGUCGGGCCUCUGGUAAGAUGGGCGCCCCGCACAAACCAACCAACAGCUUGCAAGGAAUGAGAUGAGCAACAACACACAAAACGAAAUAAGAAAAAAGAAAACACAAUAUCUUCUACCAUACCACUUUAGAGUUUUCCCCCACCCUACCUGUUCUUCAAUUUAACGUUCGUAGUUUCCUGCAAAUGUGCAAAUGCAGCAACGAGAGCAACACCACCACCAGCAGCACAACAGCAGCAACAGAUCCUCCCAAACAAGCAAAAACGUAAAACACGAUAUAAGAUCGCCUUCAAAAUUCGCCAGUUGAAACAAAGAUGGAGAGGAAUCGGAGGGGAAGGAGUCGCACAGCCAAAAGAGCAGCAAGAAUGGGGGAAGAAGCAUUUUAUUGGACUAAAGGAGAACACCAUACACAAACACAUUUAAUCUAGGAAUACUGCUCAAAAUUAUCGGCAAGAAUGAGAAAUCAACUCAAGAUGCGACGCCAAAUGUUUGCAUCUUUUACUAACUUUUAAGCUCAUUGCAUUAACAAAAUGCAUAUAAAGCGUAUAACAAACAGUGCGAACAUACAUAUACAUACAUAUAUGCCUAGAUACAUAGAUAACUCACACAUCUAAGAGACGAAUAAUUAUUGUAUUUAAGUAUUCUCAUCGCUGUAUCCACCACACAACCAACCACAUUACCACAUCUAUAUCAUCAUCCUCACACCAAACACCCACACACCCUUCCUGCAUGAAUACAUCAAUUUGUGUUUAAAAUAAAAGGAAAUGUACUGUGUAUUUAA